AUCACGACUGCGCGCUGUCGAUUACCAAAACAGCGGCCGAGUUUGAACGUUUUCCUCCGUCUUCUUGAAGUUCUUCACCCGAUUUCAUCAGUUUCCGACAUGAAUCUCGUGCUAUGGUUCGAUCUGUGGUCAACUAUAAAACACCUGAAUAUGGUGGUCCAUAUUAGGAUCGGCUGAAGCAAGAUGAGGUGUACAUCAGUGUAUAAGCACUCUGAUUUGCAAUUAUGGUGACUCCUAGUGGAAUCCCCAAUGGACUGGACGUUCUGAUGACUGUGGCCUCAUGUGCACAAUCUCUCCUGGGUCCUCAAAGAACUCUGAAGUGCAUCAUUGAAGACGACUCUGACCCUGAAGGAAGUGUCUUGGUCAGCACCGCUACGGACUUACUGAGUAAUCUCAACAUUGACCAUCCUGUUGGUCAGCUCCUGAACUCAGCAUGUCAAUCACACCACAGAACAUACGGAACAGGCAGCAAGACUCUGGUGUGUAUGGUGGGGUUUCUUGCAAGGGCUGCACGGCACUGCAUACACAUGGGAGUCCCUGUCUCUGCAGUGUGCCACUGUUUGGAGGAGGGUGUAAGGAUGUGUUGUGAAGAGGUGGAAAAGACAGCAGUAGAAGUGGAUAAAGAGAUACAUCAGAAAUCAACCAACGAUGUCAUACAAAAUUCAGGUUUAGAGGUUUACACAAAUCCUAGCCUUGUGGCUCCUGUAGUAAAGAUAGCCAGCACCUCUGUAACCGUCGACCAUCAAGAAUGUUCCAAUGAAUCCGAUGAUGUAGAUGAUAUAUCCUGGUACUUCGACUCACAACCAGAAACAAUCACACCCUCCUCAAAUGCACACAAUGACACACUCCAAGUCCAACUUAAAAAUGUAGGUACUACCAUAACAGAAGAUGCAGACUCACUACAGAAAUCAGUGGAGGGAAAGAUUCAAGAAAGCAAUCCGUUGCCUCCUGAUGAUGAUGAUGAAGAGGAAGAUGAAUUUGCUGCUUGUUUUGAAGAUAAUCUCCCAUCACAGUCUUCAAGUAAUGCUGGUUCUCAUGACAAAACUACUCACAAAGAAUCCGCUGUGACUGAACCAUCAAAGAAACCUGACAUGACUCAGGAAGGUUUUGAACGGCUUUUGAGAAGCAAGCUGGAGGAAAGGAGUUCAAGAAACACUAGAAAAUUGCAGAUAAGAAGUCGACACCUAGGACUUGUUGAUUUCUUACCAUCAGAGACAAAUCCUUCGUUGCAACUUGAAGACCUUGAUUUUCUCAGCGUUUCAAAGAAGACAGACAAUUACCCCAAAGAAAGUGAAUUUCUUCAGGCUAAGGAAGGUUCUUCAGCAUUAACAAGAUUAUCACAGGGAUUGAGUCAUGGAAGAUGUUUUGAAAUGCAGUUAGCAUGUGAAGUGACUCAGCAGAUACUGGAGGAAAGGCAAGAAAUCUCACUUGUAGACAUAAUUCACACAAACACCUGUCUUGUGAGUGGAGUUGGUCAUAAACAUUCCUGUGUUGCUGAUGGAAUUGUUGUCAAAGUCGGUGCAGAUCAAUUAGCAUCUAUAGUCCAAGGGAAGAACAAACAGCAGAACAUCUUAGUCAUAGAUGGAGACAUUACUGAGAACUUUUGCCACAGAGGGUACAAAAAAGCUCUUGAAGUUUCAAGCAUUGUGUAUGGUGCUAGAUAUGGAACACAUAAAGUUACAAAAUCUUGGCUAGAAAGAGUUCAGGAGGUUAUAGUAAACUAUGACAUAGGGCUGCUCAUUGCAAAAGGCAUUGUGGAUCAAGAUGUGAUGGAAGUUUGCAUGUCUAUGAACUGUGUGGUGGUUCAACAGGUGAAAUAUUCCACACUGCAGACUUUAGCUGAUGCCACAGGAGCAAUCAUCCAAACUUACGUACACAACGCAACAAGUCAUGAUGUGGGGACUGUGACAUCUCUGGAGCUGUUGGAGUUGGAAGACCACACAUCACAGAGUACCAAGGGACCCCUGGUGUUGAUUAAGAUUGUCACUCCAGAACGGACGUGGAGCGUUGUUCUCUGUAGCCUGACUAAAGCAGAGCUGCAUGAUGUGGAACAGCACUUUUGGAUAUGUAUCAAUAGGUUGAAGAAUGCAUUGUCUGAAGGGAAAGUCCUUCCAGGUGGCGGCUCACCUGAACUCACCUGUAUCAGAUGUCUCAGGGAUACAACAGGUGCAGAUUUUCCCCGGGUCAGCCUUCAUCAAAGUACUUGGCUUUCAUCUUGCAUUCAUCAGUUCAGGAUAGUGGUCUUUUCAUCGCUCGCAGAAAGCUUUGAGCAGUACUUGUUGUCAGUCAUGGUCAACUCGGGGCGAUUCUCAUCUCCACAUCACGCCAGGGCUGAACUGGAGUCUUUACUUGAGGGAAAGCAAGAAAGUAAUAUUUCCUUAGAAAGGGUUUUAGAUCAGAAACAAACAUUAAAAACUGCAUCAAUUGUAGAUGACUAUAAAGUUUUAGUUGGUGUCAACCAGUCGACAGAACAUCAGAUGUCAAAGAAACGGGAUUCUAGCCUUUUUGGAGGUAAGGUAGGGACACACAUCUUUCCCAGACCUGUUGAAGAAGGUAAACUAGAAACAAGUAGGCAAGAGAAAUCCAGGACAGAAAUGCAGCAGAGCUCUGUAUGUUGUGGGAGUUGGACCGAGGAUUCAGGUAGAUGUAUUGAUGGUGAAGUGCUGGACUGUAUGUGUAAACUGGCAGCAUGGAGAAGUGCCGCAUCACUAGUUCAAUUGGUGCUGAGGACAGAUACAGAAAUCAUCAAUGGACCAAAGGAUGAUUCUUAUCAAGUCUUGUAAAACAACAGAGCAACCUGAACAUCUAACUUCAUUUCGUAAACAUCAUUUAAGGUAGCUUUGGUCAAAGAUUUUAUAUGAGGAUUUCAAAAUUGUCUCCCACCUGACAUGGCACAUCUCUCCUGGCUGAGAAGUCAAGUGACCAGGUUUGUUCCUGUUCAACAGUGCCACCUUGCAGGUUGCAUCAAAACUGCAUAUUAGUUACAAAGCAUUGUAUCACUAUCACCUUUAAAGUUUAAGAAUAGCAUACAUGUAGAACUGCAUGUUUAUUUGCAUCAAUAAACAAUUUAACAUCAA